UCCUCCAUCAACCAAUCACUCCAUCGAUUCUUCAAGGCGUCGCAACAGCCAACCCAAUAAUCAAUCAAUCACCCAGCGACAUCGAUUCCUUCCCGUCGACGAACCACCCCGCCCGCUCCCACCACCACCAGUUCCAAUCCCAUGGGCAAGGUCCGCUCCUUCUUCUCCCGCUCCCGCAGCGGCGGCAGCAAGCGCGGCGCCGCCGGGGCACCAGGCGCGUCCUCGCCCUUCUCCUCCGCGCCGCCCUCCCCUCUGCCUCGUAGGUCGCCGUCGGCGGCGCGGGCCGCGGACGAGACGGAGCGCGUGUUCCGCAAGUUCGACGCGAACGGCGACGGCCAGAUCUCGCGGUGCGAGCUGGCGGCGCUGUUCGCGAGCGUGGGGCACGCGGCCACCGACGACGAGGUGUCGCGGAUGAUGGAGGAGGCCGACGCGGACGGCGACGGGUGCAUCAGCCUGACCGAGUUCGCGGCGCUCAUGGACGCGGCCAGCGCCGACGCCGCCGCCGUCGAGGAGGACCUCAGGCACGCCUUCAUGGUCUUCGACGCCGACGGCAACGGCCUCAUCACCCCCGCCGAGCUCGCCCGCGUCAUGCGAGGCCUCGGCGAGUCCGCCACCGUCGCGCAGUGCCGCCGCAUGAUCCAGGGCGUCGACCGCAACGGGGAUGGCCUCGUCUCCUUCGAUGAGUUCAAGCUCAUGAUGGCCGCCGGCGGCGGCGGGUUCGGCAGGAUCGGUGCUGCCUAGGGAGAAAGGAUCCUGCUGCUGUCCUGCUCCCUCCUCUGCUCCGCUCCAACAACAUUGAAUUCGUUUCAUUUCAUUUUAUGUACAUACUCCCUGGAUAAACACUGGAAUCACGGAGAUUAGUAGGUUCAGAUUACACGGCCAGCAGCGCUCCACAUAAAAAGCGCGAUUUAUUUUUGUGUAUAAAUUGCAAAAUCUGCAUCCAUUGUACUGCUGUGGGAUGUUCAAUGGAAUGUUUUGGCUUCAAAUUGCAGGCUUUUCUUUUUUGGGUUUUCUUAAUUUGGCAUACAAGUGCGUGCGUUCAUACCACAAACAGGGGCUGUGUGGCUUGGAGCCGAAAAAGGCUUCCUAACCCGGACAACAAUCUCAUCCGUUGGAUUAAAUGUAUGUAUAAUAAGGAGGCUUGUUUGGUGUUGUUUCGAAAA